AUGGCCACAAGCCCAACGAAAACAACAAAUUCUUUCCAGGAUAUUGGCAUAGCAAUCCAGCACGCGACAGAGAAGCAGAACACCAAGACCAAGACCAAGACCAAGACCACAACCACAACCACGACCACGACCACGACCACGACCAUGCCUCUUUUCUUCUUCCCUCCUGACCUCCCCCAGGAGGAGUACGAACAGUACUCUCGUGCUGUUCGCGUGCUCGCGGUCGUUGUGCUGGUCUUGAGCCAGCAUUUCUUCGACCUCGUCUCGGCGGUGUUCGGCGGCUUGUCCGUCUUCUUUAUCUGCGUGAGGAUCCCCCUCCGCACCUGGUACACGGUGGGGCGCGAAAUCGGCUUUUCUGGUGGUGACGACGAGGAUGCCGACAACAGCCGUUGGCGCGCGGGCCUCGCGUUCGCGAUCAUCCACGGCGUGCUGGCUGUCAACUGGUUCGGCGCGGUGAUGCGGUGCCGUUGGCUCGCCCGCCGUCGCCGCCGCCACGCUGGGCACUGGGAGCCGCCGCAGAACAAGGCGGUGGUCCAGGUCGACGACCCGGCCCGCGACCUCGGAGUGCCCUGGCCGGCUGAUUUGGCAUCGGGUACGAUCUUCACGAGGAGACGCGAGCGGCUGCGGAGCUGUGAGCACUGCGGGCGUGUGGCCGACCGGCUCGGAAAGUGCCUCCCGGUCUUCAACCACUUCUGCGGCGCCAUCAACGUUCCGGUCUACCUCGAGACGGCCAAGCCGUACUUGUGCUUCCUCCUCCUGCUCUCUCUCGACGGCUUUGUUGUGUUGGGCUCGUGCGUGUGGGCAUGGUCCGACAGACAACUGCGGUCAGCCGCCGUUGAGGGGACCCUCCUCUUCCUCGUCACUCUGCUCUUCUGUUACGCGGGGUUCAUGCUUUGGGUUGUCGGCACCAACAUGGCCCUUCGUAAUGUUGUAGCCGAGGAGCUAGGCAGGGAUGGGGGGUUCAGGGGCACCUACAUGGCAGCGCAAGAGGAGACACCGGACCGUGUCGUCGUGCGAUUGAGAUUCGAAGUCCGCCAAUACGGCCGCAAUGUUCUCUCCGACUUGCCGUUGACGCAAGCUGGGCAGCUGUCUGACUUGAGGAUGCAGCGCUGGGUGGCGCCGGCUGCUGUACUCCCCUCGUCUCCUCGCAGCCCCCGGCGAGCGCCAACUGCCUCCCAGGCCUCGGUUGUUGCACGUGAUCUCGCCCGUUUGUCUCGGCCUGGCAGUGAUGAGUCGACUCGGAGCGAGCCGGUCGCUUUCGCUGGCCAGAGCCCAACGGUUCCGAGAUCUCGGCGCUCAUAUCGCACGGACUGA